AUGAGCGCCGCCCAGCACCCCAUGGUCGUUCAGGCCCAAAAUAAAGCCGUCUACUAUCAUGACCAGCUCGACAAAGAGCUCACGAAAUACCCCGUGCUUAUAAACUUUGAGCAACGCACACAAAUUCCGAAAACAUACGCUGUCCUCGGCGCUAGUCUGCUGGUCGUCAUUCUCCACAUGUUCAACGCUCUUGCCGCACCUGUCUCCAAUCUCGUUGGUUGGGCCCUCCCUGCUUACCUGUCUUUCAAGGCCCUCGAGUCACCGUCGACACAGGACGAUGUUCAGUGGUUGACGUAUUGGGUUGUGUUUGGUUUCUUCAACUUCCUUGAGAGCUUUGCCCUCCGACUCGUGCUCUACUACGUCCCAUGGUAUUUCGCCUUCAAAACCCUCUUCAUUCUCUGGCUCCAGUUGCCUUAUUUCCGAGGCGCACAAGUUACAUACUUUGCAGUGUUAAAGCCUGUCCUCGCUAACAUCAGCAACUCCGCCAUUGUCAAGCAGACCGAGGCAACUGCUCCUGCGGGCGCCGCUGAGUAA